AGCAGCUAUGGAGAGGUUGGUGGAACGGUUGGAGAAGGCUGUGGAGCGCCUGGAGACGGUUUGCCAAACCCCUGGCAGGUGUGGAGAGGGCUCCUCCAAAGGAGUGGCUGAGUAUGUGCAGGCUUUUGAUGCCCUUCUGGCUGGUCCAGUGGCUGAGUACAUGAAGAUCAGCAAAGAAGUUGGUGGGGAUGUGCAGACACAUGCUGAGAUGGUUCAUGCAGGGUUGGUGAGUGAGAGAGCAAUCCUGGUGAUGGCCUCCCAGCAUCGGCAGCCAGAAGAGAAUGCAUUCUCAUCACUUCUGAAACCAAUUUCAGAGCAAAUCCAGGUGGUGCAGAACUUCAGGGAGAAGAACCGUGGGAGCAAAAUGUUCAACCACUUAUCAGCAGUCAGUGAGAGCAUCCCAGCCCUGGGCUGGGUGGCCAUGGCUCCAAAGCCUGGUCCUUACGUGAAGGAGAUGACUGAUGCUGCCAUGUUCUACACCAACAGGAUCCUCAAGGAGUACAAGGAUGUAGAUAAGAAGCAAGUGGACUGGGUGAAAGCUUACCUGAGCAUCUGGACAGAGCUGCAGGCCUAUAUCAAAGAGCAUCACACCACAGGGCUGGCCUGGAGCAAAACAGGUCCUGUAGCAACAGAAGGGACUAAACCACCAUCUGCUGCCCCUGCUGGGGCUGCACCUCCCCCUCCAGGCCCUCCUCCCCCACCUGCUCCUGCCCCCAGCAGCUCCAGCAUGGACGACUCUGCCUCCCGCUCGGCGCUCUUCGCUCAGAUCAACCGGGGAGAAGGCAUCACCUCGGGCUUAAGACAUGUCUCUGAUGACAUGAAGACUCACAAGAACCCAGCACUGAAGAACCAAGGGGGCCCAGUGAGAAGUGGACCCAAACCUUUCACUGCUCCCAAACCAGCCUGCAAUGCUAACCCCUCCCAGAAAACCUCUCCAAAGGCUCCUCCAUUGCUAGAGUUAGAAGGCAAAAAGUGGAGAGUGGAAAACCAGGAGAAUGCUACCAACCUGGUCAUCAGUGAGACAGAGCUGAAGCAGGUAGCCUAUGUCUUCAAGUGCACAAACAGCACACUGCAGAUCAAGGGCAAGAUCAACUCCAUCACCCUUGAUAACUGCAAGAAGCUGGGCCUGGUGUUUGAUGACGUGGUGGGCAUUGUGGAGAUCAUCAACAGCAGGGAUGUUAAAGUUCAGGUCCUGGGUAAAGUGCCAACCAUUUCCAUCAACAAGACAGAUGGGUGCCACGUGUACCUGAGCCAGAGCUCCCUAGACUGCGAGGUUGUCAGUGCCAAGUCGUCAGAGAUGAACAUCCUCAUCCCCACUGAGGGGGGGGACUUUACUGAAUUCCCUGUCCCAGAACAGUUCAAGACAGUGUGGAACGGUCAGAAGUUGGUUACCACGGUGACAGAAAUUGCUGGCUAAGCAGAAAAGCUCCAAGGCUGCUGCCUCCCCCUGGCCCUGCUGUGGGACAAAUCUGCUUCCAGAUGAUUCUUUUAGAUUUUCUUGUACCUUUCUGCUCUCCAACUGCUUCUCUUCUGCCUGAGAGACACAAGCUGCCUGCUGUCACUCAAGUACCUCUGCCCAGGGUGUGGUGUGGGUGGCAGGUCAGUUAUUGUCCCCCUCUGGUAGCAGGAAGGUGAAUUUUUAUUUCCCCCCCCCCUUUAUUUUGGUCUCCCCUCGUCCAAUCUAACUGCACCAAUUGAGGAGGGCAAGAUUUUAAGUGAAUUCCCAGCCAGUACUGGCAGUUGGCUUUCAGAGUGUUGUUCAGGUUUGGGGUUGGUUUUUGGUUUGGUUUUGGUCUUGCCUUUCAGCAAACUGUUCCUGGGAGAGAGGAAGGUUGUCCCCUUUUUAACAGAGAAUGGUUUGUGGUGAGGUCCAGAGGAGCCAAGAUGGCUCAAGGAGGUUCUGGAAGCUAAUUCUGUACUGCUUGGUGGCAUUUACAGGCCAUGGAUUUGUUGGACCAAAGGCUGAGGACCUGGGCCAUAGCAUUCCACCCUCAUUUCUCUUCCAUCAUUCCUUCUAGCUCAGUGUACUUCUGAUUGUGCCAUGACAGAGGCUUUCUAGUGCCACAGGAAGGCUGCAGUGGAGGAAACUGUGCUUACCCUGCUCCUGGCAGGCUGGCUGCUAGCUUGGAGCUGAGCACCUCUUAAGCCAGGAGCCCUCAAAAGGGAAUCUUUGCCUCAGGGCUUCCUUCUUGGAGCAGCUGAACUCAGGUUCAGUCUUCCAGAAGAGCUCUGCAGGAGUCCUCUCCUGCAGAGGCAAGGCCUCCUCCACUGCAGGUCAGUUGUGCAGUGCUGGAACUGCCUGAGCUGGGUCAGGUCAGCUCAGCUACAACCACUCCCCACCAAGUGAAUCCUCUCCCCCUCUCCUCUUCCCUGGUGCUUGGCUCUUUACUUUGGUGGAAGCUUGCAGCCUCUGUUCCAGGGCUCUGGAGCAGAGUGGUGGAUCUCAGCCCCAGUCCUGUACUGACCCCCCAGAGGGACCUGCCCCUGCUGUGACCUUCACUGUUCUGUUUUUUCUACCCCCCAAGGCCUGGGUGGCACAGGCAUACCUUAAAAGCAUUUCCUCUGUCCAGUGUCAAUGGUCUUCUUCUCUAGGACAAGACUUAACAACAAAAAGAGAAAAAAAGACAAAAAAUAUGCAAUUUUUUUAUUUUGAGACUGUCCUGUGACUUGUACUCUGUCUUCUCCUGAGGCUUGUGAAGAAAAGAAAAAAAAACAACAAACCACAAGAACAAACAAAACCUUUCUUAUGUACUUAAGAUUAUACAGAAGAUAGAAUAAAGUUAAUGCCAACUUGCUCAUUACAGAGGCUCCCUGGUGACUCUUUGGGGGCACCCCAGGUAGGACAAGGUAGCUCCUGACUGCCUUGAAUCCUUUCCUGGAUCCAUAGAAGGGGUUGGCUUGGAGAGGACCUAAAGCUCAUCCAGUUCCAACCCCCCUGCCAUAGGCUUUCCACCAGCCCAGGUUGCUCAAGGCCUCAUCCAGCCUGGCCUUGAACAACUCCAGGGAGAGGGCAUCCAGGACUUCCCUGGGGAACCUUUCCCAUGGGGAAGGGACAGAUU